GUGUGUCCACAAUUUGAAACAACUAAGUCAGCGGUGUCGAAAUGUCCUCACAAAACCCAGAAGCAGGAUGGCAACUACAGUUCACUUCAUGCAGGAGGAGCUUGUCGAAAAGCUAUAACCCGCAAAUUUCCUCCUUUAACUUUUGAGAAUCCAGAAGGAUAUGCAGUCCAUCCCUCAGAUCAGCUGAAUUGCUUGAGGAAGAACACGGAGCAUGCUUACAGCCAUCCCAAGAAAGGGACAGCAGCGAAAGACAACAUCCAGGUGAGCAGCCCAGAGAACUGUAGAGAAAUACCUUUGUUACCUGCUCCCCAGCCUGUGGAACCAGAAGUCUUUAGUCCACCAGAUGUAGAGACUCCACAGAUGCCUUCCAAAAGGAACCGGAGAGGUAGCAGCCAAGCGUGGCAACCAGAAAAAGAGCCGGUGUUCAGUAUUGAUCCCUGUGCGAGAAGGGAGUCAGCAGCAGUACUGGUUACAGAUACUCCUGAGCAUGAGUACGGCGUGAAGGUGACGUGGAGACAGCGGCCUCAUCUAAUGAAAUACCUGCUGGAGAGAGGAACGCUGAGCCCUGCUGACGUACUGGUGAGGGUGGACCCUGAGCUCUCCAGGAGGCAGGCUGACAUCUGA